UUUGCGUUCGUGUCGCCGACAUCGCCGAGGAGGACCGCUUUGCGAGUGUGUAUUACUCAUUCUUGCGGCGUCGUAGUUUCGUUUGAGGAAAACGACGCUCGCGGAAACGUACUGCAUUACUAAUACAGCUAUUCCGAGCGUUGAAACGACGUGUCGUGCCUCACAACAGGCAUGAGCAGCGGCGUCUGCAUCGCCGAGCGGCAAGAGGAACGACUGGGUGAGCGUGCGCCGUCGUCAAAAGAGAUCAAAGUCCUAUCCGAAACUGGAUUCGAUCGAGUGUCCGACAUGGGAGCCCCGGAUGACCUGCCGGAGCACGAGCGGGCGUACCAGAGCGAAGCCGAGACAGUCGAAGACAAGGACGCAGAGGUGAAGCACGACGACGGCAUCGACUGGGCUCUGGUGUCCCGAAAGCGCCGCAUGAUCGAACGCGCUCUCGCCGACGGCAGCACGGUGGGCCUGAAGAUGGCCGCUGUGGAGGAGCUGGGCCUGAUCUGCGACGACUACCGGCGUCUCGUCUGGCCGCGCAUCGGCGGUGUCAACGUAUACGAGACGUCGCCGCGACCGUCGCUCGCCGAGAUAGAACAGCACGCCUACUACUCGCAAGUGGUUCUCGACGUCAAGCGCUCGCUCAAGCGUUUCCCCCCUAGUAUCGCCGAAGGGCAGCGCAUAGCACUCCAGGACCGGCUCGUGUUUAUGAUCAUGCGCGUUCUGAUGAAGAACCCCGAGCUGCACUACUACCAGGGAUACCACGACAUCUGCGUUACGAUUCUGCUGGUUCUGGGCGAGGAAAUAGGCUUCCUUCUGGUCGAUCGGCUCUCGUGUUCCAACCUGCGCCGUUUCAUGGACAAGACCAUGGCGCGCACGGCCGACAUGCUCGAGCACAUCUACCCCCUUCUCGGUCACGAGUGCCCCGAACUUCGGGACUUCCUGGACCGGGCCCAGGUCGGCAUUAUGUUCUGCCUCAGCUGGGUAAUCACGUGGUUCGGCCACGUACUUGCCGACUACGACACCGUGGUGCGUCUCUUCGAUCUGUUCCUGUCGAGCCACCCCUGGAUGCCGAUCUACCUGUCGGCAGCGGUCGUCUUGCACGCCCGCGACGAGAUUCUAGCGUUGGACUGCGACAUGGCGCCCGUUCACAGCUACCUGUCGCGUCUGGUCGAGGGCGACCUGCCCUUCGAGAAACUCAUCGUCCACGCCAGGGAGCUGCUCGAAGAGCACCCUCCCUCGGAGCUGCAGGCCGAGCUGGCUCGCACCAGGCGGCGCGACGGAACACGCACGCCCCGUCGUGGCGGCACGGAACGCGGAAGGCUGUGGCGCUGUGCGCGAUUCGCGGGUGCUCUAGUAGCUGCCUCUGGAACCUGGAAGGGCGCUCUGACAGUCGCUGCCGUACUGUUCGCAGUGUGGUAUCAAGCCUACAGAAAGAAUGUCGUCCACCUGGCCUGGUUCUGAAGCCAGGUGUUUGUGCAGCUGUUCAUUCUAGUGUUCCCAAUUGAACCAUGUUGAAUGUAUAUGGAGAGGGUUUCAGCCGUUGUACAGCACCUUCUAUUAACCCAUGUGCAUUAGUUCCUGCUCACUGUCUCUACCGUGCUCAGCUGUGCUAAGCACCGGGACCCCGAAUCUUCCCUAUCUGGUGUUACCAAAGUUUAUGCUGUUGAAGUGCCUGAAGAGUUAAUUCGAGGACGUUGCUAGUGCGGCUGGCAUUAUCCGUGCUUCUAUUCAAUAUGUAGGGCCUGAAAAAAUGAAGUAUUGCGUGCUGUACAUACUAGCUUUUCCACCUUACGUACUGCUCAGUAAUUUCAAUAUAACUAAUAUGUGAAUUUCCAGUGCUCAUUCCAAUGCCUGCCUGGUGAUUUGCUAUGUGUGCGUUUUUGUGAGAGCACCAUUGCUCUCCACUUUCCGUUUGCAUCUCUAACUGAAUAUGCUAAGUCUCUCAUUUAAGCAAUGUAAGUUGUUGUAAGAUAGCUUAUAGCUCUGCACAUGACUGGUCAUAUAGUGAGACACAACGCUUUCAAAUAAUGAGUAAAUAUUUCUUUAAUUCUGUACAUUCUCAUGACCAAGUUAUGCGGCAAAAGCCUUGAAAAGUCUACUGUUGGAUAUUUCAUGAAAAAUAAAGGUUCCAGACUGCA